GGGCAGAUAUAGGGGGGUCAGCCAGGGUCAAGCUCAGCAGGUCUCAGAGGCAGCAGGGCUGCAGAUUGAGGGAUGGUGAGACACAAAAAUGCAGCACCCACAGGCUGUGGAAGCCCAGCUGAGGGCAGAUGGGGGAGCUGGGGGAGUUGCAGACGCUAAGAACAGGGACUUCGCACGCUCCUUGUCUGUCCACGAACUCCUGUUUAUUCUGGGUUUGAGAUCAGUCCCUGAAGCCUGGCAGCUUGCAGGGGUCGAGGAAAGCACAGAUCCUGAGCCCCACCCCCAACCCCUCUUCCUCCUCCUCCUCCUCCUUUCUUCCAGGGUAUUAUGUAGCACAGGCUGGCCUCUAUUUCAUGAUCCUCCAGCCUCAACCUCUUUGAAGGCCCUCAGCUCCAUCCCGGUUUUCGUCGUUGACUCGUGCUUUGAAUCUCACUAGAGAGAGAAGAUGGGAAGGAGGCCUCCUGUCAGAGACAGGAGGAGAAGAAAACCGAAAGCUCUUUCCCUUCCGUAGGGAAGCAGGGGAGGCUGCGGAGGAGCAACUUCUAGGCCAGGCCCACCUUCCUCCCAGCUGCAGCCUCCCUCUGUGCGCGUCUGCAUCCGGGCGGCCAGCAAGAACUUCCUCUAGAGGGAGCUGAUCUUUGCCGGGAGCUGCUAGCUCCUCUAUGGUCACAAAGUCUCGAGGUUUCUCGGGCUAAAAGGCGACUCAAGGCGGCAUCCAGCACCAUGAAUUCACUGAUAGCAGUUCCUGCCAGUCAGGCCUGAAACCUUGGCCCCGGGAGCAGCCAGGAGCCCUUCCGGAUCUUUGUCUUCAAACUGCUGGGCCAUUCCACAUCUGGAGCAGUCAGGUGACAAGUGAGGGUACCCUCCACCAAGACCGGAAAAAUGGCAUCCGGACAAGGACCAGGUCCUCCCAAGGGGGACUGCGAUGAGGCCCUGUCUGCUUCUGAACAGCAAGUUGCCCAGGACACAGAGGAGGUCUUUCGAAGCUACGUUUUUUACCUCCACCAGCAGGAACAAGAGACCCAGGGGGCAGCCGCCCCUGCUAACCCUGAGAUGGACAACUUGUCCCUAGAACCCAACAGUGUCUUGGGUCAGGUGGGUCGGCAGCUUGCUCUCAUCGGAGACGAUAUUAAUCGGCGCUACGACACGGAGUUCCAGAAUUUACUGGAACAGCUUCAGCCCACCGCUGGGAAUGCCUACGAACUCUUCACCAAGAUCGCCUCCAGCCUAUUUAAGAGCGGCAUCAGCUGGGGCCGUGUGGUGGCUCUCCUGGGCUUUGGCUACCGUCUGGCCCUGUAUGUCUACCAGCGUGGUUUGACUGGCUUCCUGGGCCAGGUGACCUGCUUUUUGGCUGAUAUCAUACUACACCAUUACAUUGCCAGAUGGAUUGCACAGAGAGGUGGUUGGGUGGCAGCCCUGAGUUUGCGUAGAGACCCCAUCCUGAGUGUAGUGGUAAUUUUUGGUGUGGUUCUGUUGGGCCAAUUUGUGGUACACAGAUUCUUCAGAUCAUGACUGCCCCGGGAGCUCCAGCCACAUGACUGCCUGGACUAAACUAAACCUCUCCCCAACCCACUCCCCUGCAACAGUCCUCUCCUGCCUCUCAGGGCAAAGAUGCUUUAGCAAACAGGCACCCCUGCUUUGGAAAGCCACGGCCCGGGGGUCAUGGAGGCAGCAUGACCACCCCAACAUCGCAUGGUGCUACUGAACCCCAUCCUGUCUCAGAGGGGCUGACAGAUGCUCUGGGGGGGGGGGUCGGGCAAGAGGCUGGGCCACCGCUUCCCAGAAAGUUAGUUUUAGUUUUAUACUCCCCUCUGGAUACAAUCCUCCCUUUUCAUCCGCUCUGCCCAAAGUCAGAACAUUGGGGACCAGUGGCUCUAACCUGCCUUCCCAGCACACCUGCUACUUUGGAAGGUCGGAAGGGACCUAAGCACAGUCCUGACCCUCCCUACAUAGGACCAGCUGUAGGGGUGUGUGAUCUACCCUGCCCUCCCACCUCAUCUUCCACUAUCCCCUCCUUUAUCCCCCCUCCUUCUCCCCUCCCCUCCCCCGAUCCAUUUUUGCCUUUGCGGCUGGACUCUCAGGGAUUCCGAGCCCAGAGUGAGGGCAGAGGUGAGAGCUCAGACCACAGCUGUCUGAACACGUCCAUCAAGGCCCUCCAAACCCCAAGUGCCUCCCUGACCACUGCUACCAACCUAGUGGGUAAGGGAAGACCCUCACCUUCUCCCCAGUGCCUCCCUGCUGGGGAGGGCAGUCACUCUGACAGGGGAAGGGGUGGGCAUUCAGUGGGAGGUGCUCACGCUAGAGAACUACACCAGCAAAAGCAACUGUGGAUCUGGUUGCAAUGUGACCCCCCCUAAACCUGUGAAUACUUGAACCCCACCUUCACCCAUGCUCCUGUUAUGCCUAGGUCCUCCUCGGGUGGGGUGGGGGGUGUUUUUCUCUGUCUUGCACAACAUAGGGGUGAGAAAAGUCUUGAUUAAGCCAAAUGUAGCAAGGGUGGGGGGAGGCAGAUGGAUUCCCCCACCUCGCCCUCGGUGUCUGGAAAUAAACGGUGCAAUGCCCCCAACACCCCA